UCACUACCUUAUAUUCCACUUGGAUUUACAUCUCCAUGUUCAAACAGGAACGGAUUGUUUGGCUGACCACCAUGAUUCCUCUUCUGAUUUUGUCACUUGUAGUGUCUGGGGUUGUGUCGGAUUCGAAAUCUAGCUCAGAUCUGUUCCGUGACAGUUCUCGCGACAACCAUCACUUGACUGAAAGCGAAUUCGCGAACAUCUUCCUCUCCUUUGAUUCAAACAGAAAUGGAGAGGUGACCAUAUCUGAGUUCGAGUCGGGAUGGUCACAUAAACACCUGAGAGACUCUUCUGAGGCCGGAUUUUUCUUCACUGUGGCAGAUGUGGACGGUAAUCUGCGCAUAACGCGUGCUGAUAUGGACUAUCUGUUUACUGUCAUGGACGCAUCUGCCGACAAUUCUCUCUCAUCGGCUGAGUUUACCAACGGAUGGCACAAUCUUUUUGAAACCGGCAAUGGUCAUGAUGAUGAUGAUGACUGAGAAGUAUCUUAUGAUUCUAUGAUGGUACAACAAAUAAAUAAAAAAAAAUAUAUAUGUUAUUC